GUCAGUAAUUAUUAGUGAUAAGGUGAAACACGGUAAACAGGUUGUGUGACCACAUGCAAGCUCAUCAGUCUGGAAAGGACUAGUUAAAAUAUUUAUUGAAAAACUUUGAAAUGGAAUAAUAAAAAAGGACGUUUACUAAAGGCCAAAAAUUUGGCAAUUUGCAGCUGAAACAAGGCGACUGCGUUCAGUGAUUGUGAAGGAGAGAUCUGUGCAGUUUGGGGACAUGACAGAAAGCAGCAGGAACUUGAAAGGGAUACUUAUUCUCUUCCAUUUCCAUAGCUUGGUAGCUGCUGACGGGGUACAACUGAGGUGCUUUGGCAACAGACAAAACUGCACAAAUCUUGAAAUUCCAAAGAACAAUCUUGAGAACACCUCUGACAGUGUCCUCCUGCUGCUACCCAUCAAUGACCUUCCACUCAUGCCUGGUGUAUUGAAACGGAUGAAGAGGGAGUGGGUCAUUCCCCCCAUUAGCAUUCCAGAAAAUGACAGGGGUCCAUACCCCAAAUAUGUGGUGAAGCUCAAAUCCAGCAAUAACAACAAGGUGGCAGUAACCUACAAGAUCAGCGGACCAGGAGCAGAUCGGCCCCCUGAAAGGAUUUUUAAUGUUAAUGAGCAAUCUGGUGUGAUAUAUUUGAAAGAGCCACUGGACAGAGAGAAACGAGCCAAAUACACUCUGUUGGCCAAUGCACUCUGCGAGGGAGUCAAGAUAGAGGAGCCCAUGGAGCUUGUUAUCAACGUCAUUGACCAGAAUGACAACUUUCCAGAGUUCACUGAGAAUCUUUUUAAUGGAAGGGUGAAUGAAAGUGCAGAUGUUGGUGAGCCUAUUAUAAAGGUAACAGCGGAGGAUAAGGAUGAGCCAGAAACAGACAAUGCCAUUCUACGUUAUAAGAUAAGAUCUCAGGUUCCUGAAAUGCCAUUGAAGGACAUGUUUGCCAUAAACCCAGUGAGUGGAUGGAUCAGUCUGAGGGCAGGAGAACUGGACAGAGAGUCUUACCCAGAGUACAAGCUGAUUGUAGAGGCUGCAGAUAUGGAGGGCAAAGGGCUAACUGCCACCUGCACAGUUAUCAUCAUCAUUAAUGAUAGCAAUGAUCAUGCUCCACAAUUCACCGUGACAUUCAUGUCCACAGAGGUCUCUGAGAAUGAGGUUGGAGUGGAGGUUGCAAGUCUUCUAGUCACUGACAUGGAUCAGUUAGGAUCUCCAAAUAGCAACACCAAAUACUCAAUAAUUAAAGGCAAUGAAGGUGGAGCUUUCAACAUCACUACUGGGCAAAAUAAAAUGGAGGGAAUUAUUAGAACUGCCAAGGAGCUGGAUUUUGAGAGCAUUCCUGUCUUUAUUCUACUUGUGGUGGCAACAAAUGAGGCGCCUUUUUCUGGACCCGUGUCCACUUCAACAGCCACAGUCACCGUUACAGUUGUGGACAAGAAUGAGACCCCUGUUUUCAGUUCACCUGAGGUGCACGUGAGCAUCUCAGAGAAUGUGAAAAUAGGAACUACUUUAGCCAAACUCACAGCAAAGGAUCCAGACUCAGCCAGGAAACAGAGAAUUAGUUAUGAAAUAUACAAGGAUCCUGGCAGGUGGCUUAGAAUUGAUAACACAGGAUCAGUCACAGUUAAAAACAUUAUGGACAGAGAAUCCCAGCAUGUGAGAGACAACAAAUACAAAGUUCUAAUUCUGGCUUACGAUGUUGAUGCAAUUCCAGCUACAGGCACCAGUACUCUGGUUGUAAGUUUGUUAGAUGUGAAUGAUAAUCUUCCUGUGAUCAUCCAGAGAAAGGUCAGUCUGUGCAACAUUGACCCUUUGCCUGCCCGCCUGGAUAUAAUGGAUCUAGAUGGACCUGGUCAUGCUGGUCCUUUUACUGUGGAGCUUCCAAAGAGACACAAAAUGAACUGGACUAUUAGCAUCAGCUCCACAACUGACGUGGUGGCCCUGGCCCCCAAAAGACACUUAUCACUUGGAGACUAUACAGUGGUGAUGCACAUUUAUGAUGUUGGCAAGCUGUCCCAGGACAGCACCAUUAAUGUUGAGUUGUGCCAAUGUAAAGGAGCAGUUGACACCUGCUUCAUCUCAACAUCUGACAGAUAUCUGGACAUUCCUUCUCAUACAAAUCCAGUUCUUGGAGCAGUUUUUGGUGUUUUAUUGAUCCUCCUCCUCCUGCUGUUGCUGAGAAGGAGGAAUAGGGCGGCGAAGGAUGUCCCUCUUCUUGAAAAUUUACCAAGAGACAACAUAAUCUACUACAAUGAGGAGGGAGGAGGUGAAGAGGACCAGAACUACGACUUGAGCCAGCUCCACAGAGAGUGUGAUAACCAUCCUGACGUUAUCAGCACCGUUGUGUUUCCUACAGUCCAGAGCUGCCCAGGGUAUCACUUUCAAAUCCAGGUCAAUGAGGAGAUUGGAAGAUUCAUUGAGGAUAACUUGCAAGCUACGAACACUGACCCUACAGCUCCUCCUUUUGACUCUCUCCUGGUGUUUGAUUAUGCUGGUGGAGGCUCGGAGGUGAAUUCCCUCAGCUCCAUUAACUCCACAGACUCAGAUGAGGAUCAGGACUUUCAGAGCUUGGGUCACUGGGGACCAAAGUUCAGCAGACUGGCAGAUCUGUGCAAGGACAGCAGUGAGGAUGAUGAUGAUGAUGAUGAUGAUAAUGAUGAUGAUGAUGACAGCAAAACACUGCCAGGAAAAACAGAAUGGGUCUGAUGUGACUCCGUGUAUUUAUGGAUACCCUAAAUUGGUAACCAUCUGCCCAAGAUCCCCACAGUGCUUUGUGACCUCUUUCUGCAGCCAUGUGUGUUUUCUUUUCUUUUUUUUUAUUCUUCAUGGUCUGAGCAUUAAUAACUACUAGAUAUCUUGCUUUUUAAUGUGCUGUCUUAAUACUGGAAUAUUUUAAACAAUAUAUAACAAUAAAAUAGAAAUUUUAUCCCCAUGAAUUUGUUGAGGUUUCAGUUUUGUGGUCUGUUGAAAUAAUGAUGGUCCACAACUCCAUGGUGAGGGUUGAGUACCAAUAAACAGUUAAAACUGCUUUCAUUACAUUUGCAACUGAGAUGUAUUUGUUGUGAAUAUAUAAUUCUCUGGUCAAAUAUCUUUACAACAAAUUACUGGUUUUAUUUUCUUAUUGUUUUUGGGAAAAGACUGAAGAGUGUAUUGAAAGUUUUUGAGGCAACUUAGAUUGUUUUCAUCUGUAAAGUGCUUUCUCUUACUAUGCAGAUGAUAUUUGAUAUGAUACCUGUCAGAGCCAUACAUUAGGUAGGAUAAAACAAAUAAGAGUUGAUAGUAUUAUUAAAUUGAACUUGACACUCAAAUGAAAGGAGUUCUCUGAUACUUCAAUAACUCCUCCUUACAUGGUGGCAGGCGUUUUACUUGUGACAAAUGAUCUCCUGGAAUUUCUUUCUCAAGAGUGAACUUUAACCAUUUAUUAUCUUCCAACUCAAGUGAACUUUGACCUUGUGAACCUACAGUGCUCUUCUACACUGAGGAGUCGUAGCAGCUAAGUAAAAAUAUGUUGAAUGUUUAUACCUUAUUUUACUUACUUGAGGGUCGAUAUGAAGGCUUGUGAAUUAGUUUGUUAAAGAUUUAUGACAUCUUGGGAAGGUAAGCAUUCCUAUACUGAAAUAAAUGGUUAAAUCUGAAUUUAGGAAGUGCCUGAUUUGACUGAAAGGACGUCACUCGAUGUGGGCGCCAUUCAAAAAUCAUUCUUUCUUUGACAUAAUUUUUUUUUUAUUUUCACAACAGAUGACACAGAACAUGUUUCAGGAGGGAUUGUACCAUGUGUUUUUUAAGGAAACGCCUACAACCCGCCCCCCGACCCAAGUUUCCAAUGACAGGGAACUUGAUAAUGCCAGGAUUCAUCGCUGGUUUGGGACUGUUGUUAAUACAAGACUUUUAGUGACUGGGGUAAGGCACAGCUUUCGUUUUCUCAACCAAACUGACUAAAGCUUUUAAUCCUUGUUUUCCUCUGUUUCCCUUCAGGUGGUUCAAGUCCUUAGUGCCUUUGCCAGCAUGCUCACAACAGUCAGUCAUGCAUGCGUGAGGUUUAACUGCUCUGUGUCCAUGAUAACUCCGGUUUGGUCAAACUUACUUUAUGUGGCUGCUGGGUGUCUGGCAAUGGAGGUUCAAAGG